AUGGAGGUUGAACGUACUAGCCAAUCGGUACCACAUAAGCCAGCCCCUACACGGCUGAAAGAUGCUGCGGAAGAAGAGCUCGAGAAGCUUGUCUUCGGCGACCUCUCCGGGUUUCAGGCUGGGCUCUACGCUGAUAAAGCUGAUUACUCGUCAGAAGACGAGAAUGAAGUCCGGUUAAACUUGAACAAACCUUUAGGAGAGGUGGGCCAGUUGGAAGAUGACCAGUUAUUCUUCGUAGACUCCGGGGCCACACAGCCGACUGACCUCGUUCACGCUACCUCCGCUGAUUUAACACAUGCCGGCGACUCAGACUCCGAAGCUGAAUUAAACAGGCCAGCAUGGGAAGACAGCGACGACGAACGUCUCACAAUCUCUCUUUCCAUAAACCCUCGCCUUCGUAAACUCCGCACCACAGAGCUAGACGAUGUAAUCACAGGAACUGAAUACACCAAACGAUUACGGAAUCAAUAUGAAAGAAUAAACCCAAUACCAUCUUGGUCUCUACCAUCUAAAGAUUCGGAGAGACCCAAGAAAUCCCGAAGAACGUCUUCUCCAGAUGCCUCAUCAGAAUCCGAGGACGAAGUAAUGGACGUCGACCUCCCAACUAACAAUUCUCUAUCCGCCCUCCUCCAAUCUUCUGCCACUUACACAAAACGCUCCAAAAACGGAAAGCUACCUCCAGAAUCCCUCGAUAUCUCCCGUCUCCGCGACGCAAACUACCUCUCUCCUUCCCACUCCGGCAUCCAAUCCCUCAGCUUCCACUCUUCCCACCCGUUACUACUUUCCGCAGGCUUCGAUCAUGUCCUCCGUCUCUACCACAUCGACAAAAAGACAAAUCCACCAGCAACAAGUUUAUACCUGCAAGGAACGCCAAUCCACACUGCUGCCUUCCAUCCAGAUGGCAAAAGAGUGUUUGCAUCCGGAAGAAGAAGAUAUUUCCACAUCUGGGAUCUCGAAAGCGGGAAAAUCGAAAAGAUCACAAGAGUUUACGGAAACCAGGAGCAUCAGAAAUCCAUGGAGAAGUUCAAACUUUCGCCUUGUGGGCGGUUCAUGGCUUUGUGUGGUGCUCACGGGUACAUCAACGUUCUAGACGCCAAAACGGGUCAGUGGGUUGAUUCUGUCGUUGUCGAAGGGGUUGUGGCGGAUAUUGCGUGGAGUAUUGGUGGUAAAAAGUUGUUGGUGGCAAACACGGCCGGAGAAGUUUGGGAAUGGGAUAGUGCUGAAAGAAGAAUCGAAAGUAGAUGGAACGAUGAAGGUGGGAAUGGAUUAACUACUAUAUCAUUAGGUGGAAAUGAUAGGUGGUGCGCAGUGGGGAGUACUAGCGGGGUGGUAAACAUAUAUGACCGAAAAGAGAAAGUGGUGGUAGAAGGACACCCCACACCAAAACGAGCCCUUGGUAAUUUGGUGACUGCGAUAAACGUGCUUGAGUUCUCGGAUGAUGGACAAUUGCUGUGUAUUGGAAGUAAAGAGAAGAGAGAUGCUUUGAGACUAGUGCAUUUACCAACGUGUACUGUUUACAAGAACUGGCCGACGACUUCGACGCCAGUGGGAAAUAUCCAUUGUGCUGGGUUUGCCGGCGGAGCAUCCGGACUAUUUGCCUUUGGGAAUCAACAAGGUAAAAUCCGGCUAUGGGAGAUCCGAUAG